AUGUCCUCAACGAGAUUCUCUGCCAAGGUGAGUUGUUUGACCUAUGUAUUGUAUAAAAUACAUUUGAUGAUUCAUGAUUCACCUUUGUGAUGAUGAUGAUGAUGACUAUUAACCCCAUGAUGUGUGCUCUACCUCCAGGAGGCGUACAGGUUGAUCUACCAGACCUGCCUGAAGGAUGGCUUCCUCAGCCUGUGGAGGGGCAACUCUGCCACCAUGGUGCGGGUCAUCCCCUACGCUGCCAUCCAGUUCUGUGCCCAUGAGCAGUACAAGAGACUGCUGGGAGGAUACUGCGGCUUCCAGGGCAAGUGAGUACCCAUACAUAUCUUAACUCAUCUAAUCCAGAGCCUAGGUUUAUUUCCUAGGUUCCUGCCUCCUUGGGAGUUUUUCCCAGCCACUGUGCCUUUGCCACUGCAUUGCUUACUCUUGGGGGUUGUAGGCUGGGUAUCCGUAAAGCACUUUGUGACAACUACUGAUGUAAGAAGGGCUGUAUAAAAUAAAUGUGAUUGAUGAUUGAGAUUAGGGUCCUCCGAGGUCCUGUGGAACACACUGGAAGUGUCUGCGGUUUUUCCCCCUCUUUAGCAUGUAAUAUGUCAACUGUGUUCCAGAGCCCUGCUGCCGGUGCCAAGGUUACCACAGCUGCCAUGCUCACCUGCCCCCUGGAUAUGGUACGAGCCAGGAUGGCCGUCACGCCCAAGGAGAGAGAUAACUACCCCUACCUCUGA